AUGAGUCACGAUGCUUCGUGCCCAGAAUCUGAUUCAGAGUCUGGAUCAGAGUCAAACUCGGGACUGGGGAGCAUUAUCUGCGAUAGUUACAACACCAGCCAAUACUCCAACGGUGCAGAGAAAGAGUACCUACCACGAGGCGUCCUCAAAAAGCUCAUAACUCGAGAAACUGUUUACCGAGAAAUGAACGUUGAGAAAACAAUGAGGAAUGAACCAUUAGUAGACUUCAUUGUCAAUAGUGCAAAUCAAGUCUUUGCGCUUACUUGCUCCAUCAUCGAUGGCAAGGAUUUGUAUAAGGCAAUGAAGGCGUUUCACGCAAAAGGCUUCGACGACGAAAGCCUUCCAGUUGAAAGAAAGAGACCCAUCAACGACGAGGGGCACAUAAGCACCGUUACAGAUCUAAAAUGCGACCUGUCCAACCCGGACGCUUUCAAACCCAGGCUCUGGACAUCACUGAGGUUGUCCGACUUUUACAACAAGCAAUGGCGGUUUCUCGCACCAGUCUUUGACGACCAGAACUUUAUUUACGAAUUGGAUGAGAGGCUAAUCCUACCGUUCAGACUUGUCAAAAGCGAGGCCAAGCAGGGAACUUUCGGAGAGAUAUUUCAGGUGGAAAUACACCGCGAGCAUUUGAGUGAAUCUCUUUUUCAGCCUCAGAAGAAUGGAAGAAAGGUUAAUGUCGCCGUCAAAGAAAUAAAGACCGGCCCUGCAAUGCAAGACGACGCGGCCGAGGCGUUCAAUAUUGAAGCUAAUGCCUUAUCGAACUGCAGGCAUCUUAAGCACUCGAACAUGCUCCCAUGCCUUGCAGCCAUUAAAAUGGGAUUAUCGCAUUAUUUCCUUUUCCCAUGGGCUGACGGAGGUAAUCUACGAGACUUUUGGCAAAGCGAAGCCUCUCCCAAAUUGUCUUCCAACCUCAUGAUGGAUGCUCUCCAGCAGCUUUGUGGGCUCUCAGAGGCCCUAGAACUACUUCAUGGCUAUGGUCCUGAGGCACAUGCCGGUCCAAGCACAACCCAUGAAGAAGGGGGCGGUAUUCGGCAUGGAGACCUGAAACCGGAGAACAUUCUGCGAUUUAGAAGCUCUCCUCCAUCAGCUCUUGGGACGUUAAAGAUAGCGGAUAUGGGCCUAGCAAAACACCACGAAGUAAGCACGAGACUUCGUCAGAAUAUGACGAGCACCAAAUACGGCACGCUCCGCUACGAGCCACCAGAAACAGUAGUCAACAAAACUCAAGCCACGUCGCGGCUCUACGAUGUAUGGUCCAUGGGCUGCAUUAUUCUCGAAUUCGUCGUAUGGCUUCUAGAUGGCCAACAGGGUUUGGAUAACUUCAACGAUUCUAUCCGUGGAGGCGCCAAACACGAUUAUGACCCUCCUUACUAUAUAACCCGUGGAGCUGCUGAUCAGAUGGUUGCGCUUGUCCAUCCAGUUGUCAUGCAGCAGCUUGAUGACCUCUCAAGGAGAACUGAAGCACAGGCAAAUGAAUCAGCUCUUGGGGACCUUGUUACUAUCGUCAAAGAAAGGCUUCUCGUCGUUGAUCUUCCAUCAGAAGAUGGAGAUACCCUAUACCUAUCUGAAAACAGCCAAGGUCCCAGAAUUACUCAUACAAGAUCACCCUCAGACAAGAAAUCAGGAAUACCACGUCGAGUAACGGCAGCAUACUUGAGAAAAUCGCUGACUCAGAUCUUAGACAGGACUAAGAAGGAUCCAAAAUACCUAUUACCAAGAGACAUAGCGCAACCACGACCACUUACGCACAUGCAAAUUAGAACUGACAGCAGCAGUAGCCUACACCCAGAUAUGGCUAAGAGAACGCCGAAGAGAGAAAAGCCAGCAAGUGGAUUUGCUAUCACGCAGAUGAAGGAAAAUAUUGACAUCAAAGUCUGGGACUUUAUCGUCGACAAUGAGUUUGCCAAGAACUUUCUCAGGCAAUCUUCUACCAGACCAGUACCGAAAAGUACCAAAGAAAGAGAAAGUGACUCACUCUGCAGAGAAUGCGCGGCAUUGGACUUUUGGGCACCCGAUUUCAGAGUCAACGACACACUAUCUGACUUGAAAAAGGGGAUAUAUCAGUGUCGCUGGUGCGCAAUGAGAUGGGAGGCUUCUAAACAUCUCGAAGGAACGACCGCAAAUGCCGUUUUCAGUAGAGUUGGCUCUGUGAUCAAGUUGAACGAAAGUGAUCCUCCCGUCUUCUCUAUAUUUAGACCUGGGGGCUCUGAAAUGCCCUUGCCUAUCCAGAUUGGACGGCCGAGACUUCGCAUCAGCCCGCGAGAAGCCGAGCAUUUUCGCCUCGUUAAGCGAUGGCUGCAGGUGUGCGAUGAAAGCCAUGAUGCUUGCAGACGGCCUUUGCGGACAAAGACAGCUACCCUUCCUCAUAUAUCUGCCUACGGGAUGGAUUCAGUUGAGUCGGUGGUCUCCCGUGACAUGCGAAGCCGCAAAGCAACUCAGUUGCCGACAAGACUUCUCGACGUUGGAAGUUCAGAUAGUUCGAAGAUCCGUCUUUGCAGUACUCGGAACGAGGAUAUCCCUGUCGAAGUCGAGUACGUUGCUCUGUCCCACCCGUGGGGAGAAGCUAGUGUAUUGAACCCGCACUUUUGCACUACUACGUCCAAUGUGAUGGCUCACUCAAAAGAGAUUAAAUUCGAGGCGCUUCCAAACACUUUCAAAGACGCUGUCUACACUACCAGGGCAUUGGGAGUUCAGUAUCUUUGGAUCGACUCUCUGUGUAUCAUUCAAGGCCCUGGUGGCGACUUCAACACUGAAAGUGGUCGCAUGGAGCAAGUAUUUAGCUCAGCUUACUGUGUAAUUGCGGCCAGUUGUGCUUCGGGGCAGUGUGAUGGGUUCCUCAAGAACAGAUUGCACUCAUCCAAAAACGACUAUGUCAGCUUUUCACUAGAGGACAACUCGCCAUUUUACGUGAGUCGCUAUUUAGACGACUUCAACAAUGACGUUUUGGAAGGGUCAUUGAACAAGAGGGGCUGGGUGCUUCAGGAGCGCGCUCUUGCCCGGAGGACUAUAUAUUUUACGAACAAGCAGACAUACUUCGAAUGCGGAGACGGUGUUAGAUGUGAAACGCUGACCAAGAUGAAUAACCAGCUGGCCGCCCUUCUAGGGGACCCAAGCUUUCCUCAAAAAGCCAUAAUGUCGGUAGCAGCUCCGCAAGAGACGACACGAGGACAGAGAAUUCUGUACUAUCAAGAUCUCUACAAGACCUACUCCAAACUCGGCUUCAGUCAUUGGGAAGACCGAGCUGUAGCUAUGAAUGGGUUGGAGCAACGGCUGGCCUGGGGCUUCAAAUGUCGAGGCAAGUUUGGUAUUUUAGGUGACUCCAUUCAAGCAGAUCACAAGAGUCUUCUACACAGGAGUCUACUGUGGACUCGUGCUCUCAACAAGGACUCUCUACGCAAGAUUGAAAUCCCCCCCCAUCGAGAGAAAAUACCGACGUGGUCAUGGAUGGCUUUUCAGGGAGAAAUCGACUAUCUCAGCGUCCCUUUCGAUCAAGUUGACUGGGACGCGGAGUUGAAGUCACCAUGGGAGGCUACGGAAACCAAAUCCACAGGCCGUUCCGGACAACCCUCCAUUAGAGCGAGAGCAUAUGGUCUGUCUCUUCGGGAGACCUCCCCUGAUGUCAAUCUAGUGUUCAACUCCCGAGACCAAUUACAACCGCUCAUUUCUAACGCGCUAUGCGUGGUCGUCGGAAGGGCAAGGGGGCUUGGACCUGAAAGAAGUCGAAUCCACUAUGUGCUAAUUGUUCGUCCAUUCGAUUCGGUGGGUUCUUCGAUGAACGUUGGGAUUUGUGAAAGGGUUGGCGCAGGGAGCCUCCCUAGGGGUUUCAUUGACUUCCGCCACCCCGGAUAUGAUAUUGCAAUUUUUUGA